UAAUUCAAACCUUUCAGGAGAUCUUGCCCCUGAGCUUGGGAAGCUCGAACAUUUACAGUAUUUGGAGCUGUACAAAAACAACAUCCAAGGAACUAUACCAUCUGAGCUUGGAAACCUGAAAAGCCUCAUCAGCUUGGAUCUUUACAACAACAAUCUUACUGGGAAUAUUCCUACUUCUUUGGGGAAAUUGAAGUCUCUGGUCUUUCUCCGCCUCAAUGACAACCGAUUGACUGGUUCAAUCCCUAGAGAACUCACCAAAAUUCCAAGCCUCAAAGUCUUUGAUGUGUCGAACAAUGAUUUGUGUGGAACUAUCCCAAUAGAAGGACCUUUUGAACACAUUCCUUUGGAGAACUUUGAGAACAACUCGAGAUUGGAGGGACCGGAGUUACUCGGUCUUGCAAGCUACGACACCAACUGCAACUGAGACAACUAG